GUUGCAGCUCCCAUCCACACCUACAUCCUGGGAGCAGCCAGCCAGGAAACCCUCCACUUCUUCCCCAGUGCUGACGGCUGUGAGCUGGCAGACAACAUCACCUACCUGGGUCGUCGUGGUGUUUUCACUGGGGCGUCAGGCCUGCAGAUAGCAUAUGUGAGUGGUCGUGAGGGGCAGCAGGAUCCGACUCCAGCUCACUGCUUCUCUCCUAAAGACCUCACUCAGCUGGUGGAGCCACUGAUUAGCAACAACCAGUUCAGAGGAGUGGACAUCCUGCUGACAUCACAGUGGCCCCGCGGAGUCUGGCAGUACGCCAACAGCCCCGAAGUCAACACUAAGUUCUGUGGAACGACCUCCAUCUCCCACCUGGCUUACAAGCUGAAGCCUCGCUACCACUUUGCUGCGGUAGAAGGAGUUCACUAUGAGAGACUACCUUACAGGAAUCAUGUUGUUCUUCAGGAGAAUACUCAGCAUGUCAGCAGAUUUAUCGCCCUGGCAACCGUCAACAACCCAGAGAAGAGAAAGUACCUGUAUGCCUUCAACAUUAUCCCCAUGAAAAGCAUGGAGGCAUCAGAACUGGUCAAGCAGCCUCAGGAUGUCACUGAGAGCCCUUACAGCAGGAUGGUUAGAGAGAACACUCUAUCUGACCCUACUGUCCAGGAGCCGGCAUCUCAGUUCUUCUUUGACCUGGGGAAGAAGCAGCGUGGAGGGGGGCGUGGCCAGGGGGGGCGUGGUAGGAAGAGGCCCUCAGACGGAGACGGGCAGAAUCAAGGACAUCCGUGGGAUUCAGACCGGCAGAGUCAGAGACUGCCCUUUGAUCUAGACAGGCCUAAACAACCCCGCAGACCCCCUCAGCCCAGCGGUCCCUGUUGGUUCUGUCUGGCCAGCCCUCAGGUAGAGAAACACCUGGUCAUCAGCAUUGGGACACAUUGCUACCUGGCCCUUGCUAAGGGCAGUCUAACCCCUCAGCAUGUGUUGGUACUGCCCAUCGGUCACUACCAGUCUGUAGUUGAACUGAGCUCUGAGGUGGUUAAAGAACUGGACCGAUACAAGAUGGCUGUCAGGACCUUCUAUAAGAGCAAAGGACAGCGCUGUGUUCUGUUUGAGAGGAACUACCACAGCCAACACCUACAGAUCCAGGUAGUACCAGUACCGGAGGAUAAGUGUACCACUGAAGAUAUUAAAGAAGCCUUCAUGCUGCAGGCGCAGGAACAGAACAUGGAGCUGAUGGAGAUACCACAACACACUGACCUCAAACAGAUUGCUCCUCCAGGGACACCGUACUUCUACGUAGAGCUGGACUCUGGAGAGAAACUCUUCUACCGCAUUCAGAAAAACUUCCCUCUGCAGUUUGGCAGGGAGGUGUUGGCCAGCGAGGCAUUGCUGAACAUCCCGGAGAGGGCCGACUGGAGAGAGUGUAAACAGACCCCAGAGGAGGAGGAGGGUCUGAGCAAACAACUACGAAACGACUUCCAACCAUACGACUUUGCACUGGAAGACUGAACACCGACACACACUGUACCGUACAGGAGGGGUGUAAUGGUACACGUUUUCAUACUGAACCAUUGGGUACGGGGACUUGUGGAUGAACAACACCAGUCCUAUAGUCUGUGCUGUGUUGUAGGCCUGUGUCUGCAGUAAAGCUGAACAUUUCAGUCUAUUCCGUUGAAACAACUAGAGCCUAUGUGCACGUUGUAAUCAAAAUUCAAAUCUUAAUUGGCGCAUUUCAAAAACCGUCCUUUUGUGAGGCACAGCCGGGAACUAGUUCUGUACGAUGGUGAUUGGUGGGGUCAAACCAUAACCAGAGGAUCCUCCAUCGAUGGUGAUUGGUGGGGUCAAACCAUAACCAGAGGAUCCUCCAUCGAUGGUGAUUGGUGGGGUCAAACCAUAACCAGAGGAUCCUCCAUCGAUGGUGAUUGGUGGGGUCAAACCAUAACCAGAGGAUCCUCCAUCGAUGGUGAUUGGUGGGGUCAAACCAUAACCAGAGGAUCCUCCAUCGAUGGUGAUUGGUGGGGUCAAACCAUAACCAGAGGAUUCUCCAUCGUUCAAAUCUCCAGUUUGGGAACAUUUUGUCAUGAAAGUAGAUUAUCACGGUGAUGGACAGAGUUGUGGAUAAAGCGUUAACAGUAUGUCUCCUCU